GAUGAAUUGCGUCAAUUGUUGAUUAUCAAUAGCGAGCGCAGAUUUAGAGAUGUAAUAUCCUACACUACGAGCGAGUUAUCUAAUAGCUCUCCUAUUAAUAAUAUCACUUUCUGUCUCUUCUUGAUCGAGCUAUUGACUGUCAAGAUAAACAUCUUUAAGAACGCAGGAGAUGACCAAUCUAUAGACAAUUUGCUGCGUCUACCAACGCGUUUAAGUAAUCUCUAUGCACGUUUAUCGCAAGCGUCCGUACAUCUCCCCUCUAUACUUGAAUCAGACAAUUUUAUGGCAAAGUUUACUAAAGAUUAUUUAUCCACACUUUCCACGACUUGCAGUACACCAAGUUAUCCUCUUGAACGCCUUCAUUUGCUAGGUUUUACACGGUAUAGCGACAGGUUCAAGUCAUUUUGGAGUGUAACUCUGAAAUAUUAUGAUAAGCACAACAAUAGCUGUAAUAAUCUACGUUUAGCGCUUUUGGAUCUUACACCUGCUCAAAUAGCAACUUAUUUUGAAGAAUUCCUCAAUGCACUUAAGGAUUCAAACAGAGAUGUUAAGCAAAUAGCUCACUCGCUGGUUCAAAUGUGGGGUAACAUUGACGAAAACACGUCAACAUUCAUUACGGAUGUACUUAUCAGUGGAAGUAAGGUGCUUCUUGACGAAAGAAUUGUGCGCGCACUCACAUUGUGGAUAUCACAAUCGAAAGUAUCAUUCAACAUCUUCACAAGCAUACUUAACAUUUGGACGAAUCCGUCAUUCAUAAAGAGAGUACCAGUUGAUCAGCUUACAAUGUACUCAACUAUGAUUCUCCUCCUUAUACAGAAAGAAGGUGUUAAGAGGCAAAUACCAAAUACACUUCUAAAUGAUAGCAAUGUUACCCAUGCCAUACCAUCAUACUUGUCGCUUCCUAAUCCCUUCGGUAGAUUGUUAGGUAUGUUGGUUGCACAAUAUCUCGCAAACUAUGAUGGCGUUGAUAGAUUGACGUUUGGAGAUGGUGCCUUUUCAGGUAGCGGUCCAGGGAGGAACGAGAUCCAGCGUCUUAUACAAUUAGUCGACAGGUCGAGAGUCGAUGAUGGUGGUGCGCCUAUACAACAUCUCGAAGAGGAGCAAUCAGAAACAUCAGCGGAUGACAUCUCCAUCACUCAACAUAAUGAUAGCGACAGCGAUGAUUCUAUAGAAGGCUAUGAAAUCGAUUAUGACAAAUUCAAUAUCAAUAAGCCAGACAGUGAUGAUGAAGAGGCAGCUAAUGAUCCGACGAUACUGUCUAAACGCAAAGUCAACAGACCUGUAUACAUAGCUGAACUGAAUGAUAUGCUUAGACAUGACGGCAAAGAGGGUAAUGAAGCAGCCGUAUUGGAGGAAGUCGCACUCAAAUGGGCAGCUGCCUUAAUUAAUGACAAACGCGAACACAGGGAGCUUCUCGAGAAUUCCAACAAUUUGGCUUUCACUUUGCUGACCAUACAAGACCAGUUUGGAUUGGAUGGAUUUGAAGAAUUGCGCAGUGAAGCCCUGAGAGUAUUAAUUGUUUGCUCGCCUCAGCGUGCAGCAUUGUGUCUCAUUCAGCAUCUUUUCAGCACAUCCAUCUCAUUGAGACAGCGUAUAAAUGCUCUCCAAGCUAUAGGAUUAGGUGUUCGCGAACUAUCUAGUGGAAUACCAACUCCUAUAACUAAGACGGAAACUACAACAAGGAAAGCUAUACCUGAAAAUGUCGCAAAUCAUUCAGAAGUCGAAGCUAUCUUGAAGAGUCUCUCACAGACUAGUAUAUCGGAUGCGAGAAUCAAGGCCGGCAAUGACAUGCCCAACGUUGCACGAGAGAGGAAACUGAAAUUACAAUCAAGUAAACCCUCAAAACCACUGAUUGUUGAAAAUACGGAAACACCGUCUAAUGCUCUAGAGGAAUACCGUCUCGUAGAUCGUCAGUCUAGAGUACAAAACGUGAGAUUCAACCAAAUAGCCAGUGAAUUUUUCAUUAUGCCGCUUAUAAAUGAGAUUUGGUUCGCACUCAAUAGUCAAGCACGUGUUAGAUUGGAUAAAGAGUUUUUAGGACCUUUAUUACAGACCUUAGCCUUAAUGUUAUGGUCAGCUAGGAACGCACCUGAGUUUAUACACAUUCUCGCAUUAGAGUCAUUGGAAUUGAUCUUGGCUCUACCUCAAUAUACCAUAGCAGCCUCUGUAAAUGUUGCACUAGCAGUUGUUAGUCUCUCGAAUGACAUAGAGGGAGGUAGAACACUCGCUGAGAGUUCGAAAUUACCAUUGUUAAGACGAUGGGCCGAGAACGCCUAUGAUUUACUUGAAAGUACGGAUGAGAAUAAGAAUUGCGCUGCUCUUUUAGUAAAAAUUCAAGAGAUCUGGGAUAGACAUUCUACUCUCGUCAUGGCAACCACCUUAUCCGUUGGUGUUUAACUUAAAUGUAGGCGCAUCAUAGACUACUCCAUAUUUAUGAAAAUGCACAUUUAAAUUGCAAGUGUUAUUUGAACGUAAUUAUUUUAAGAUGC